GUCUGAGAGCAGUUGAUGUCUGUGACAAGUUCUCUGAACUUCAGCUGCUCAUCAGAUAUGCAAGAUGAGAAGAUUACUUGGAAUUCUUGUACUUUUGAAAUACUGCAUUUACGGUGAUGCAGUGAACUUUGAUUCAGACAUCAAGGAUUUUGUAGUUGGUAACGGUAAGUUAUUUGUUCUUACUGACCAUCGACUACAUCAGAUGAGCCACGAUCUUUCUGAGGAGAAGAGGAAAAUAAUCACUAAUGCCACUGAAUACAGAGUCAACAUUCUGGUGCCUUUUGACGCAAACAGCACCCUGAUAGCAUGUGGGACUUUUAAUGAUGGAUAUUGUGAAGUUCUUGAUAUAAAUGACAUUACAAACAGCAUUUACUAUGAACGUAAUAUAUUGAUAGGACCGCGACAGGAUGAGAAAUCUGUUGCCUUCAUAGCCGGUACAGGUAGCAGUAGGUACCUUUUGGUUGGGAAAAAAGACGACGAUGCAAAAGCUCAGGAUACCAGGUAUUCUGUUGUUACCUUGUGGAACACUUUACAGUCUCAAGCAGGUGGGAUUUUCUCAAAAAUAGCAGAAGGAUCAGAUGCCAGCAUUCAGAGCACUGUGAGAGAUGUGGAGUUUGUUGGCGGAUUCCAGAGAGUUUCACCCUCAGAAUCCUACUUAUUUCUCAACGCAAAGACUGGCUCAGAGAGGAAAGUGCUCGUCCUGUGGAUGAACAGCUCUAAAGGAAAAAAGAGAGACAUCAUCAAAUCCCUACAGGCUGCAACGAUACGAUGCUGCAGUGAUAAAGCUCGUCCAGUGCUCGUCGCCUGCACUGUUAUUCCCUCAGUGAACGGCGUUAUUUGGGCAGGUGUGUUCAGUGCGCAGAAUCAGCAGGAUCCGGAGAACAGCGCGCUGGCUCUGUACGACAUCAGGAGCAUUCAAGGCCGAGUGAAGGGCUUCUGCGCUUAUGGUAAAACCCCAUGUGGUCCACAGAGUGAUACUGAACUUCAGCCGCUCUCUGUGGUGUUCAAGUACAGCUCAAUGUCAGCAGUGGCAGCAGUUAGAAGUGGAUCCUGGAUUGUGCUGUUCAUAGGAACCAGUGAUGGUCAACUCAUAAAGCUUGUGUUGGAUGAGAAAUUCACUCCAGGAUGUCCAAUAGUGCUGUUUAAAUCUGAUGAUGAACGAGCAGUGCUUCCCAGAAUGCACUUUGAUCCAGUAGAUUUCAAACAUAUUUACAUCGCUCUGAGGAAACAGGAUGCAUGUAAAUAUCUACUGUCUGAGAUGGUCUACAAUAAGCCAGAGAUUCUGUCUCUGGAGCCGAACAAGGUUUCUUUCCAUGGCAGAAACAAUGUUUUACUAAGAGGAAGGAACCUGGAAUCUGUCACUAAAAUCCGUAUUCAAGGGGAUCUGUACUGCAUUCCUAAAGAAUCUCCAGUGUUUGAUCGCUCCAGUGACACUCUAAGGUUCCACAUUCCUCCCAGUGAAACUAAAGGAACAGUGAAAGUGUGUGUUGUUACUCCUGACGACCGUUGUCAUGGCAACAGCAUCAUCACUUACAGUUCUCAGCCCAGCUGCACUGGAAUACAGCCCAUAGUCAGCUGGAGCAGUGGUGGAAGGAAGAUUCAUGUUCAGGGGAGCAAUAUGGAAUUUGUGGAAUCAGUUACUGUCUUCCCCUCUAAUGAAGUGCGGAAAACACAAUUCAACACAAGCUCAGAGGAUGUGUGGUUUGAGUCCCCCCACUAUGAUGGCAGUGAUCAGUUUAGCUUGUUGUUGAAUGUUGGGAACUUCACUGUGGACUGUGUGUAUUAUUUCUCCUUCAAGCCUGAUCCAGAAUUCACUGGAUUCACCACCGUACAGGUGGCCAAUGAUCUACAGGUGAACAUUAAGAAAAAGGCAGAUAUGUUGAAUUUGAGUAUGAGUGAGGUGACUGUGACGGGUCUACAGGGAGAUCAGGAGUAUCCGUGUGUUUUGGAGAAGAUUGAGUCCAAUGCCGUCAUCUGUAAGAUUAAAGGAGAAUCAGGAGCCGUCCCAACAGUGGGCUCACUCACUAUAAAAAUCGGGGAUUUUUCUAAAAACCUUGAGUCUCAAAGUGCUAUAAUAUAUUUACUCAUCUUUGCCGCAUUGAUUCUGCUUAUAAUUCUGGGUGCUGUUGUUGGAGUCAUUGUUCACCGUAAGAGCCAGAGACAAAUGAAUGAGAGAAUGAACAAGCAACUGGAAAUGCUGGAAAGCAACAUCAGAAGGGAUAUACGCCAAGGCUUUGUUGACUUGCAAACAGAAAAAUCUGAUUUAAUCGAUAAUGUUGGAGCCAUACCUUUCUUGGACUACAAGCACUUUGCCUCAAAAAUCUUCUUUCCUGAGGCUGGCCCUCUGGCACCAGUCAUGAUCAGAGACAUUGGGCAGGACUCUGAGCAGACAACUGUUGAUGAGAAAUGUCAGGCUUUUGCUGCACUGAUCAGAGAUAAGCAGUUUCUCAGCUGUUUUGUGCAUGCAUUAGAAGAACAGAAAAACUUCAGCAUUAAAGACAAAUGUACAGUGGCUUCUCUGUUGACUCUGGCCCUCCAUGGAGACCUGCUUUAUCUCACAGAGGUAAUGGAGGACCUUCUGCAGAGUCUGAUGGACCAGUCCAGCAAUGCAAAUCCCAAACUUCUCCUGCGGCGCACAGAGUCCAUAGUGGAGAAGCUUCUUACCAACUGGAUGUCCAUCUGUCUGUACGGCUUCCUCAGGGAAUCAGUAGGACAGCCUCUCUUCCUGUUGGUGUCAGCUUUGACUCAGCAAAUCUCUAAAGGGCCGGUGGAUUCGGUGACAGAGAAAGCUCUGUACACUCUUAGCGAGGACUGGCUUCUCUGCCAAGCCCAGGACUUUGAGGCCUUGAAACUGAAGGUGGUGUUUGCUGUGGGGACUGGAGGAGAGGUCAGUGAACCCUUAGAGGUCAACGCACUGACAUGUGACACAAUACAACAGGUCAAGGAGAAAAUCUUACAGACCUUUCAGCGCAAAUUUGGAUUCCCCUUCCAGCAGAUCAGGGAUAUAGAAAUCGAAUGUGAAAAGGAAGGAAAGUUUGUCAUGCUACAGGAAGUCGAUGAAACCUCAGAGAUACGGGGGCAUGUUACCAUGUUGAACACUCUAAAACAUUAUCAGGUUGGAGAUGGAGCAUGCAUUAAAGUUAUCACAACAAAAGUACAUGCACCAUUGAGGUCUCAGAGCAGUGUAAAGGAUGAUGAGAACUUCGCUGUCAAGUACUUCCAUCUGGUUGAUCCAGAUAUUGACACAGACCUGAGCAAACAUCCAGAGAAAAAAGCACUAAAAUUCAAAGAGAUGUACCUCACCAAGCUGCUCUCCACCAAGGUGGCAGUCCAUUCUUUUGUGGAGAAUCUGUUUAGAAGUAUCUGGGGAUUGCCUAACAGCAAGGCCCCAUUGGCUGUCAAGAACUUUUUCGACUUCCUGGAUGCACAAGCAGAGAGAAAAAAAAUCUCAGAUCCAGAUGUUCUUCACAUCUGGAAAACAAACAGCCUUCCACUUCGUUUCUGGGUGAACAUCCUGAAGAACCCUGACUUUGUGUUCAGUGACCUGGAGAAGACGCCUCACCUGGAUGGCUGUCUGUCCGUCAUCGCUCAGGCCUUUAUGGACUCCUUCUCCUUAGCUGAGCAACACCUGGACAAGCAUUCACCAACCAAUAAGCUACUCUACGCCAAAGACAUCCCUCAGUACAAACAGGAAGUGAAGUCGUACUACAAGUUAGUAAAGGACCAGACUUCUAUUAGCAGCCAAGAGUUGAAAAUAUUUCUUCAAGAGGAGUCAAAGAAACAUCAAAAUGAGUUCAAUGAAUCUGCGGCUCUGCGUGAACUCUGCAAAUACAUGCUCCGCUACUUCAGUGAGGUUUCUCAGAAGCUGGAACAGACAGAUGCCCCCGCUAGGUUGAAAGAGGACAUGCAAAAUGUGAAGGAGCUUUUUGAAAGCAUGAAACGAAGUGGUUGGUGUUGAAAUUCCUGGUCUUGUUAUUCAAAAGGGUAUUCACACUGCAUUUUGAUUAUUUUAAGCUGGUCAUUAAACUAGACGCAUCUCCCUCAUAAUAACUGUCAUAAUCAUCAGCCAUAUAUUAGAGAAGAUUCACUUCUGUUUGUUGGAUACUGUAGAGACCAAGUGAAUGUAAUGUAUAUUGAUGAAUUUUCGAGUUUGAGAGGAGUUCAUUGUUGAGCUUAUAUUGGACUAACACUGAGCUGCCUAUACAGUGCAUCUCAAGCCCAUGACUUUGCUAUGCACUGCAAUGCAAAACUUGAUUCAUAUGGUUUAAUUAGAUUUUUUUUCUACUUUCUAAAUCAUAUAUUAUUUUACUACAGUUUCCCUGUAAUGCAUUAAUCUGCCAGGCCAAGCACUGUAUGUUUCUCCUUUUUGAAAUCUUUUGAAAAUGGACUAAACCGAAUAUUUUUGUAAUUUGCAUAGUUAUUCAACUGUCUUCGUCUGCACUAUACUAAUAUAAUGUGUCUAGUUUUAUGUAAAGAGGUGUUUGUGUUACUAAGUGUUACUUGCACAACAGUGUGUUCACCGUUAACCUGUGUUCCUUUGUCGCCCUCUAUUGGUUAUGCUAGUUAUUACUUAUAAUAUGAUAGCUUGCAUUAAACGAUUUCUAGACCAAUUAGAGACAGUAGGCCUUUUUUUAGGACUGUCACUGUAAAGAUGUAUUAAUUAAUUACAUUAUCCAUAAGGACUAACAUUCAGGACGAUAUAACCAAACAAAAAAAAUAUGGGUGAAAUUGCCAGUAUAUUUUUAAAUGU